GCCCGUGUCCCACUGGCACACCAUGUUUCGCUCCUGGCGCAUGAAGCUGAAGGUGCUGCUCGCCACGGUGACUCUGGCCGUCCUCCUCUGCUGGCUCUACCUCUUCAUGGGCAGCCUCGAGGCGCCGGAUUUCCUGCUGCUGCCUCCCUGCUGAGCGAGCAGCCCAGCGGACAUGGAGCGGGAGGCGCUGGCAUCGCGGGUGCGCCGGGUGGAGGAGGAGAACCAGCAGCUCCGCCUGCAGCUCAGCCAGGCCCAGGCGGAGGGCAGUGAUGGCAGCCCACAGUGGGGAGCCUCUGCCGAGGAUGGGGACCCCCCUGGGGCUGACAGGAGCAACCGAACAGCCUGCCCCAAGCAGCGGACGGUGCACAAGUGUGAGCUCCUGCACAUCGCGAUCGUUGCGCCAGGGCACAAUGCGAGCCGGUAUGUGGUCACCCUGGUGAAUCCAUCCUCUUUCCACAGGAAGAACCCUCUCCACUUUCACUUCAUCACGGACUCGGUGCUCACCGCAAUCCUCCAGAUCUUCCAUUCCUGGAUGGUGCCCUGUCAUGUCAGCUUCUACAACGCCGAUGACUUGAAGCCGGAGGUGUCCCUGGAUCCCCAACAAGCACUACUCGGCAUCUACGGGCUGAUGAAGCUGACGCUUCCAAGCACUGCCCUCCACCUCUCCAAGGUCAUCGUCUUGGACACCGACAUCACCUUCGCCACUGACAUUGCUGAGCUCUGGGCUGUCUUUGGGAAGUUUUCUGACAAGCAGGUCAUUGGGCUGGUGGAGAACCAAAGUGACUGGUACUUGGGCAACCUGUGGAAAAACCACAGACCGUGGCCAGCUCUGGGCCGUGGCUUCAACACGGGCGUGAUCCUGCUCCUGCUUGACCGCCUGCGUCGCCUGGGCUGGGAGCAGAUAUGGCGGCUGACUGCAGAGCGGGAGCUCAUGAGCAUGCUCUCCACAUCACUGGCUGACCAGGACAUCUUCAAUGCGGUGAUCAAGCAGGACCCGUCCCUGGUGUACCGGCUGCCCUGCUUCUGGAACGUGCAGCUCUCUGAUCACACCCGCUCGGAGCAGUGCUACACUGAGCUCUCGGACCUCAAGGUGAUCCACUGGAACUCACCCAAGAAGCUGCGGGUGAAGAACAAGCACGUGGAGUUCUUCCGCACCUACCUGACCUUCCUGGUGUACGAUGGAACCUGCUGCGCAGGGCUCUUCUUCGGCUGUGCCAGCCUGCCCAGUGCACCCAGCCACCAGCUGCAGCAGGCGCUGGAGGAGCUGGAUGAGGAUGAUCCCUGCUAUGAAUUUCCUCAGCAGUACCUCACGCAGCACCGCGUCCACCUCUUCUUCCUGCAGUAUGAUUUCAUGGCCCUUCUCAACCCCAACGAUGUCACCCUCGUGGCACAGCUCUCCAUGGACAGGUUACAGAUGCUGGAGGCCAUCUGCAAGCACUGGGCCGGCCCCAUCAGCCUGGCGCUGUACAUGUCGGACGCGGAGGCUCAGCAGUUCCUGCGCUAUGCCCAGGCCUCAGAGGUGCUGAGCGCCCGCCGCAACGUCGCCUACCACAUCGUGUACAAGGAGGGGCAGUUCUACCCCAUCAACCUCCUGCGCAACGUGGCCUUGGCCAACACGCAGACGCCAUAAAAAGUCUUCCUCACCGACAUCGACUUCCUGCCUAUGUAUGGCCUCUACGAAUACCUCAGGAACUCCAUCCAGCAGCUGGAGCUGCCCCAGAGGAAGGCAGCUCUCAUCGUGCCGGCGUUUGAGACCCUGCACUACCGCCUGUCCUUCCCCAAAUCCAAAGCAGAGCUGCUCUCCAUGCUGGACAUGGGCUCCCUCUACACCUUCAGGUACCACGUGUGGCCCAAAGGCCAUGCCCCGACGGACUAUGCCAAGUGGCGGACGGCCACGGUGCCGUACCGCGUGGCGUGGCAGCCGGACUUCGAGCCUUACGUUGUAGUGAGGCGAGACUGCCCCAAGUACGACCAGAGGUUCGUGGGCUUCGGCUGGAACAAGGUGUCACACAUCAUGGAGCUGGACGCGCAGGAGUAUGAGCUGCUGGUCCUGCCCAACGCCUUCAUGAUCCACAUGCCCCACGCCCCCAGCUUCGACAUCUCCAAGUUCCGGCUGAGCGCAGGGUACCGGAGCUGCCUCCAGACGCUGCGGGAGGAGUUCCACCAGGACCUGUCACGGCGCUAUGGGGCUGCCGCGCUCAAAUACCUCACUGCGGAGCGGAGCCUGUGAUGCCUGGGGACAGGGGGCAUGGGGUGACAGCAGCAUGAUGGAGAUGGGAAGCACCAGGAUUCCCUCUGCCCUGGCUCACCACAGGAACCAAGCCACUGCGCAGCCUCUUCGGGGGUGCCUGUAGAUGAGAUGGAAGAUGCCAGCUGUGGGAACAGGCAGUGCCUGCAGGUCAUGCAGUGUAUCCAAGGGGUUUGGAGCAGCAGAAGGAAUCUCCCAUGCCAGGGACCAGGGGAGCAAUGGGUGUCCUCCCUUGGCUGUUGUAGCAGAUGUGGAUUCCCAGCCUUCCUUAGCUCACGUCACCUUGAGGCCUGGGAGCUUUACCUAACCCUGCACUGCCUUUGGAUUGUGGUUCCAGGUCCCAGUCCCCUCCAGGUCCUCCACCCCUCCAGGGCUUUGAUAAGGGGGAGACAAGGUUGUAGAGCAUCAUUUUGCAUCCUUUGUGGAGCAGGCUCAGAGGUGAGGUGCUGGCACAGGGUGCCCAGAGAAGCUGUGGCUGCCCCAUCCCUGGCAGUGCUCAAGGCCAGGUUAGACACAGGGGCUUGGAGCAACCUCGUCUAGUGGAAGGUGUCCCUGCCCAUGGCAGGGGUUGGAACUGGAUGAGCUUUAAGGUCCCUUCCAACCCAAAUCAUUGUAGGAUUGUGAAGCCUCCCAAAUCCCUGGGAGGUGGGGCCAGGGAGAACCAGGAAUUGUGGUGACUGGGUUCAAGCCCGGAUCGAGGCUGGCUGGUUAACAGGGCAAAAUAGCAUUAUUCCUAUCUGUAUGCAUGCAGACAGCGGGGCUGGCCCAGCACUGAUGGUGCAGGAGUCACACAGAGCAGGAUGAGCUCUCUGCUGUCCCAGCAGUGGAAGCAGCCGUGCUGGGAAUGCCAGUGCCCCAUAGGGCAGGGCUAUGAACCAACCUCAUGGGCCAGCUCACACUGGAGACAUCCACAGCAGGGCCUUUCCUGCUCCUCCCCAGCUCUGGGCAGCGCAGACGUUGCCGUCGACAAUCAGGGAUGUGGCUGACACUGGACACGACCGUGGCGGAUCCCGGUGCUGGGGGCACUGCUCCCCUCUGUCCCACACUGGAGCACAGAGGAUGCGUCGCUUUCCUCACGCUAUUUAAAUUAUUCAGUACUUUCCUCCUCAGAAUUAACUGACUCCGGGUGCCCGGGGGUGGGUUGGAUCCUUUCUUCCUCCCGAUGAUUCUGCCCUGGAGGCUCUCCAGGCCCGAUGCUGCUGCAGUCUCUGCUCUUCUCUCCUUAGCGUUGCUCUGGGCUGCAGGAGCCAGCUCUGUGCGGGGUGAGGGUUUCCGUCCGCAGUGGGAGCCACGGCUGUGGGAAGGGCACAAGCGUCUCUUGCUCAGUCUCUUUUUAAUUUAAUUUUUAAAUUAAAGCUUUUUUAUUCUUUUUCA